UGUCUUGGCAGCGCCCUCUCAGGCUGCCUGGGGCCCGUGAGUGCACCUGCUCACUCAAUAAGACAGAGCAUCCCUUUAUCCCAAGGCGCGGGUCGGGUAGAGGGUGGGGGUAGAGGGUAGCGGGGACAGGGAAGGCGCGGCUCCGCUGCCGGCUGCUCCCGAAGUGAAAGAAGUGCCUUCGCCCCCACCCCGUCCCUGCAGAGUUGCGUUGCUCCAGGGAGGCCGAAGUGAUCCAGUGAUGCCUUAGGGUGCAGCUCUUUGUCCUCCCCAGCUGCGCUCCCUGCUCGCUGAUCCCGUGCGCUCCGAGCCAGUGGGGAUGGGGAGCCCGAAACCUAUAACAUAAAUGGGGGCAAGGAGAAAGAAGUCUAUCCCGGGGUGGCGUGUGCUGCUGUCUCCACCCCCUCCCUUUCCUCCUGAGGCUUCUUCCCUCCGGUCGGUCUCGGGGGUCCAGGCCGGGGAGAGUGUGGGCCGAGGCGCGGCGGCGGCUGGAGCAGCGCCGUAGGGUCCUUCGCCAGAGCAUCCGGUCCGAGGGUGCACACAGGCAGAAGGCUCGCUGCUCCUCCACUCUCCUCCCUCUCUCCUCCUCUCCCUGGCUUUUGUGUUGGUGCCUCCGAGCUGCAAGGAGGGUGCGCUGGAGGAGGAGGGGGCCCGGAGUGAGAGGCAUCCUCUUCACGCGCGCGCGCACACGGUGCCGGCGCACGCACACACGGGCGGACACACACACGCGCGCACACACACACGCACAGAGCUCGCUCGCCUCGAGCGCACGAACGUGGACGUUCUCUUUGUGUGGAGCCCUCGAGGGGGGUUGGGGCCCCGGUUCGGUCCGGGGGAGAUGGCGCAGCCCAUCCUGGGCCAUGGGAGCCUGGAGCCCGCCUCGGCCGCUGGCCUGGCGUCCCUGGAGCUUGACUCGUCGCUGGACCAGUACGUGCAGAUUCGCAUCUUCAAAAUCAUCGUGAUUGGGGACUCCAACGUGGGCAAGACCUGCCUGACCUUCCGCUUCUGCGGGGGUACCUUCCCAGACAAGACUGAAGCCACCAUCGGCGUGGACUUCAGGGAGAAGACCGUGGAAAUCGAGGGCGAGAAGAUCAAGGUGAUCCAGGGGGUCAGGUCCAGGAAGGGAGGGACCUGGGAGGGGACCUCGCCCGAGGCAUAGCUGUAGCGGUUGUCAUCGUCCAGCGUCCAGCGCGUGGCGGUUUCGCCUCUUGCUGAGCCGAGGACCCUCGGCCCCUCCUCACCCCUUUUCACCUCUCUCAGUGGGGUCCCGUCUCCAUAUCACUCAGUUUUUUAGGGCGGUCGAGAAUGGUUGCAUUCUUACCCAUUGCUCCUGCCUGACAGGUCCUGCCAGGAAAAGCAUGUUGGAGCCCAUCCUUGACCCCUAGCCCGAGCAGCAGCACCUGUGGGCAGAGGGAGGCAGGAG